AUGGCGGAAACUGCUGCCGACAACGCUCAAUCUCUCGCCGAGCAAUAUCAUGUGAGUGACAAGCAGGAGAAAACAGCUGUAGUUGAAAAACCCGUUGAAGACCCAAAGGAGGGUGCUUCUGUGGAAGCUGUUGUAGAGAAAAUCGUGGAAGAAACAACUCCUGUUGCCCCUACAGUUGCUCAGGAAAGCAGUGAAGUCACCCCUCCUCCUGCUGAAGAAAGCACCGAAGAGCAAAGUAGUGGAAAUGUUGAAGAUAACUCUGGCAAUGAAGAUGCAGCUGAAGAGACCCCUGAAAUCAAGCUUGAAACUGCUCCAGCAGAUUUCCGUUUCCCAACUACAAAUCAAACCAGGCAUUGCUUUACCCGAUACAUUGAAUAUCAUAGAUGUGUAGCUGCAAAGGGUGAAGGGGCAUCAGAAUGUGACAAGUUUGCUAAGUAUUAUCGUUCUCUUUGCCCUGGUGAAUGGAUUGACAGAUGGAAUGAGCAAAGGGAAAAUGGAACAUUCCCGGGCCCGCUGUAG